AUGGGAUUAUCUUGGCAAGACAGAUUUGACAGACUGGACGGUGCUUCGCACUGCUGGGCCUCUACGGCAAGCAAGCGUCUUGCAGCAUGUCUCAACAGACGAGGCGAUGGGGCCUUUUCCACGUCGCUUCUCGACCGACGAGCUCCCGUCGUCGGCUUUGAUGGGCUGUUCCGUACGCUUGCUGUGCCGCAUCAAGGAUCAGUUCCGUGCCUGGGGCCUGGAAUUGAGGCAACAGCGCUGGGACAAGCAACGAAUGUGCCACACGCGAAAGCAGGCGAUGCCAAGGACAUGCACGAGCCGGACGCAUCGCAGACGCCACUGACGCUUUGUCUGCGGAUCCGAGCGGCCCACGACCUGAGGAGCUCCGAUGCCGGAGACAUUCUGGAUCCGUAUGUCGUGGUACGUGCCGGAGGUCAUCAGUGGCAAACACCGGCAUUGACCAACAACCGUGAUCCUGUCUGGGCGACGGACAAUGAGUUUGUGCACGCAGGGUCUGCUGAACUGUUGGUGCUCGAGGUCAUGAAUGCCAACGGCUCGCGAAGCCUGGGCAAAGCAGUCCUGAGCACAGCAGAGCUGGGCAAAGGUGUUUGGCACCGACGGACCUUGCCGCUGGACGGCAGUGGGGAGAUCUCCAUAGAGGUCCGCUGCGAUGCUUUGCCUUUCGAGCACUGCGAGCCACUGAAGGAAGCUUCGAAAAAUCCGACAAAGUAUGCCGACUCGCGGGGUGAUGCUUCCGAAACCGUCGAGCUGAUGGGGAUGGUGCGUGGGACCCAGAUCAGGCUUCCACAGGACUGGGCAGACGUGCAGGAGCUCUCAUUCGGCCGCCGGACCCCGGCACCGUCUCUUAUUAGCACCUUCGAAGCACCCGGGGACCUGUUUGGUGAGGCCCGAUUGGAGGUCUCCGACCCUGCUUCCUGGCUUCUUGGCCUGAGUAGGCUACAGUCCACGACAACGCAGCAAGGCAACGCGAAUGUCUAUGCCAACUUGGCCCGCCUGCAGGAGCGGCAGGAGCGGCAGAGCUUGCUCACCAAACGCGAUGCGCGCGGCAGCUUGGAGGCAGAUGAUGCGGCGGUGCAGAAAGCACUCAGCAAGCAGAAGCUCAUGAACCAGGCUGCCCAGGAACAGCUGCAAAAAGUGCUCAAAAAGCUCCAAGAUCUCGAGGAUGAUGCAGCGCGAGCGAGAGAAGCUCCUGGAGUCAUGGCUUCUCCGAAGCCUCGCGUUGGACACGGAUCCGCUUCAUCUUCGUGCAAUACCCCGCUUCCGACGGGUCUGGCACUGCAGCCAUCAGAGACUGCAGCACCGGUGACGGUAGCAUCUCCAGCGUCAGAGGCCAAGCCGAAGGCGAUCCCUUCGAAUACGGGGCCUACUGGGCCUACUGGGUCGACGGCAUCAAUGGCAUCGCCCUCACCCGCCGCACCGCCUGCGUCUUCCCGCUCACCGAGCAAACCCAAACCUAUCGACUUCCAGGAUCGGUUUGAAACUGCUAUCGCUGUCUUUGGCAAGGCGAAGCAGGCUGCGGCACAAUUCGAGGCAGAUGCCAGCCGAAAAGAGAUGCGAAAGCAGGUCAAGAUGACACUGAGGAGGAACAUUACAGCCGUCAGUGCGGUGUGGAGCGGAAUAAAGGCUACUACAAAUCGUGUGUUGGAGUUUAUGCAGGUCCACUGCCAGGAUGAUGCUUCGAAGGAGUACGUGGAGUUUGCCUUUGCAGAUAUCCUUGCAGGCCAAGCAAUGCCUCAGGUAAAGCCAUGGCCGCUGGCACAGGUCGCUUGCCGAGUUUUCGACCAUUACCCCAAAGCACAGGAGAUGCUAACUGGCUUGCUUUGCCACAAGAGCCCAGCUGUGCUGGCAGAUUUCCGAAACCAGCCCGAUCUGUCAAGCGAGGCGUUUGAUGAAUACGUGAACACUGCGGCCGCUCGGCUUCGCUUCCUGCAAGCAAUAGCUGUGACACAGGGUGAUCUGGGCAUGGUCUGGCAUUGGAUGUCCCGAACUGUCAACCAGCCGCCGCAGCCUCUUGCAGUUGUGCUGCUGUAUGCGACGCUGGAGUCAGUUGGUGCAGACGCACAGGCUCGAUACAAGAAGCAGUUCGACAAACUGAUUGCGCACCUUGAUGCUGUGUUUUUGGUUUCUGUGUCGGAGCUUUCAUCACGACUGGUUGGCAAGGUGGAACACGCCCACGUUCGAGCACGAUGGCACCAACUGUGCAAAUGGAUCAGCGACUUCAAGAAAACAGGGAAGGCAGAGCCACCACCCGGACGGCACAUCACCGUCGCAGACGAGGCUACGCUUACCGAGAAUACGUGA